ACAGUCCUGAAUGAAGCUGAAUGAGACAACACCGGCCCGGGACUCGACCUCUGCCUCUGCUCGGACUCUGCAGUUAAUGUCUCAACAGCGAGGCUUUAUUUUCUGUGGCAGUGCACUAACAGGACACUCAGCAGCUCUACUUUUGUGAGUAGUCAGGAAUCCGCCAAAGCCACGACACAGAAAGAGGUGAUAAAAACCUUAAAAGAACUAAAGCUUCACCUGCCCACGGAGAAGAGGCACAACAACAAGUCCAGCACCCUGAACACCCUCAACACCCUCAAGUACGCCCUGCGCUGCGUCAAACAGGUGGAAGGUAAAUCGAUUUUGCAGCUAAUUCCCACGGCAACCCUCGGUGAAGAUGGGGUGAUGCUCUGAAACUCCGCUCACUACCACCUCUCCUGAUGUCAGAAGACUCAGACUCCAAGCCCUAUCGCUUCCCUGUGCUGGAGGGCCAGGAUGAACCUCCGUCGUGCAGCUCCAUGGGGCAGCUGCACAGGAUGGGCGGUUUCAGCCAGGGGGGACCCAACCUCGGCCUCCCGUCAGAGGGCAGCGACAGCAGCGGACAGGACAACUCCACCUCGCCGCAGAACCACCGCAAGAACGCCCGCUCCCGCUCCCUGCCCGAGGAGGACAUGGAGAUGAAGAGCAGCGGGUCGAGCGGCAGCGGCACAGAGUCGCACGGAAACGAGAGCCACGGCAAUGAGAGUCACAGCAACGACAGCAACGGCCACGAGUCCAUGGGCAGCUCCAACGGCAACAGCAAGGACUCGGCCCUGCUGGAGUCCUCAGGGAGCAACAAAAGCUCAAACUCUCACAGCCCAUCUCCACCCAGCAGCUCCAAUGCCUUCAGUUUACUCAGUUCCGAGCAAGACAAUCCAUCCACCAGUGGCUGCAGUAGUCAGGAAUCCGCCAAAGCCAAGACACAGAAAGAGGUGAUAAAAACCUUAAAAGAACUAAAGCGUCACCUGCCCACGGAGAAGAGGCACAACAACAAGUCCAGCACCCUGAACACCCUCAAGUACGCCCUGCGCUGCGUCAAACAGGUGGAAGCCAAUGAAGAGUACUACCAGCUGUUGAUGAUCAAUGACAGCCAGCCUUCAGGUCUUGACGUGUCCUCUUAUACAAUAGAGGAGAUCGACAGCAUUACCUCUGAAUACACUUUAAAAAACAACGACACUUUUGCAGUGGCUGUUUCCCUCAUCACAGGAAGAAUCGUUUACAUAUCCGACCAGGCCGCCACUAUCCUCAACUGCAAAAGAGACGUCUUCAAGGACACCAAGUUUGUUGAGUUUUUGACGCCACAGGAUGUCAGCGUUUUCUACAGCUUCACCACGCCUUACCGCCUGCCGUCCUGGAGCAUGUGCACAGGAGCAGAGUCCUCUCCUUCUGACUGUAUGCAAGAGAAGUCCUUCUUUUGUCGUAUCAGUGGUGGGAAGGAGUGUGAGGGCGACCUGCAGUACUAUCCCUUUCGCAUGACACCAUAUCUGAUGAAAGUCCAGGACACUGUACAUGCUGAAGACCAGUUCUGCUGCCUCCUGCUGGCGGAAAGGGUGCACUCCGGUUAUGAUGCACCUCGGAUUCCCACAGACAAGCGUAUUUUUACUACCACACACUCUCCCAGUUGUGUUUUUCAAGAUGUGGAUGAGAGAGCUGUCCCACUUCUUGGAUACCUUCCCCAGGAUUUGAUCGGCACACCAGUCCUCCUGCAUCUUCAUCCCAACGAUCGACCAAUUAUGCUGGCGAUCCACAGGAAAAUUCUUCAGUACGCUGGACAACCAUUCGAUCAUUCAUCUAUACGAUUCUGCGCCCGAAAUGGAGAAUACAUAAUCCUCGACACAAGCUGGUCAAGUUUCGUCAACCCCUGGAGCCGUAAAGUGUCGUUCGUCAUUGGAAGGCACAAAGUUCGCAUGGGCCCUGUGAAUGAAGAUGUGUUUGUGGCGCCUGUCUCUGCCAUUAGGGAGAUGAAAACGAUGGAUCCAGACAUACAGGACAUAACGGAGCAGAUACAUCGCCUCCUUUUGCAGCCGGUUCACAGCUGUGGAUCGAGUGGAUACGGCAGCAUGAACAGCAAUGACCACCUUCUGAGCAUGACCUCUUCAAACGAGAGCAUUAACAAUGGCAGCAACUCCAAGAUCCACCUAGAGGAGAAGGAAGAGAGCAGCAAAGCAAGACCUCGAACCUUUCAGGAAAUAUGCAAAGGCAUACACCUCCAGAAAAGUCAGGAGCAGCAGACCGUCAAAACAGACAAGAAAUCCUCUGUAGACUCUGUACAAAAGAGCCAGGCUGUGGUUAGACCCAAAGACACAGCAGUCGCCCAGUGGAAAGACACUGGAGCAGAGGAGACCAAGUCCACCUUUCAGGAGGAGCUGGCUUUUAAUGAUCAAACUGUCUACUCGUACCAGCAGAUCAGCUGUCUAGACAGUGUAAUCAGGUACCUGGAAAGUUGUAAUGUUCCUCUGACCAUGAAGAGAAAGUGCCAGUCCUUCUCUAAUACCACAUCCUCAAACUCUGAUGAGGACAAGCAGAAAGGUUGCACAAACAUGCAGGUGGCUGAAGAACCGGCAUUGUUGAAGGUUCAAUCUGGCCUCUCCACUUUACAUGACCGGGACAAAAAGUCCAGUGAUGCAGCCACAGCAGUAGUGGGCACUUCACUGCCUCUACCUGUACCUAACAAACCAGAAAGUGUUGUGUCCAUCACCAGCCAGUGUAGCUAUAGUAGCACUAUUGUGCAUGUCGGAGACAAGAAACCUCACCCAGAGUCAGAACUAAUAGAGGACAUCCCAGGGACAGGAGAACCUCUUGAAAGCAGCCAAAACCCUACUGCGUUCCCAUGUGGCGUCUCCACUCCCAGCCAGGAGAGGGAGUCCUACAAGAAACUAGGGCUCACCAAGCAGGUCCUGGCAGCUCACACCCAAAAGGAGGAGCAGGUCUUUCUUAAUCGCUUCAAAGAGCUUCGGACGCUCACAACCCUCAAAGCAAACUGCUCUGAGUAUCUGGAGCGUCAGAGGGAACAGACUUCAAAUGAUGUUGUACAAACCACCCGAUCAUCCAAACAGUGUGGCCCUGGUGGGGAACCCAGCGCUCGGCGAGGAGUGAGAAAUAAAAAGACCAAAUCGAAGAGAGCCAAGCAGGUGGAGUCAUCCGACAGCACGUCGUCUCAGGCCAAGCAACAGCUGCGAUCUCCGCUCCUCUUCCAUGGCCUGAACCCUACAUCCUGGUCUCCCUCAGAAGCAUCACAGUCCUGUUUGCCCAUGGCCUACCCCGCUGUGAUGCCCGGGUACCCCCUGCAGGUGUACACUAGGCCAAACUCUGUGGCUCCCCACAGUGAUGCCGGUCCCUCGUGCAGUACACCAAACCAGGGCAGCCCUGCCCAGUGCCCCCUGCACAUCCACCAUCCUCAAUACCCCCCCUCAAUGGUCACCCCAGUUGUGGCAUUGGUACUACCCCACUACUUGUACCCACAAGUCCCGGGAAAUCUUCCACAUCAGGCGCUGUACCCUACUGAACCUGGUGGUUAUCUCACUCAAAUACCCUUAGCCCCAGCUCCGUUUUCUGCCCAAGGUGCCUUUACUGUCCCACCCCCCUUCAAUGUUCAAAACCAGUCAAACUUACAAAACACAAACAACCCCCAAACAGGAUCCUUCCAGUUUUCUUUAAACUCAGAAAUGCCAAAGGGGGCUCCAGAAAGUCAGUCUCGCCCCUCCACACCUCAGUCCGGAGGCGGUGAGGGCACCUCCUCUCCACCUCUGUUCCAGUCGCCCUGCAGCUCCCCCCUCAACCUGCUGGAGCUGGAGCUGUCUGUGCAGGACAACGCUGGGAUCUCUGCAGUGGGACAGGGCAAUAAUAACACAACAGAAAGGGAAAAAGGAGCAGGUGGGAACCAGACCAAGGACAGGGAACUAAAACAGCCAUCUCUCAGUCUCCUUGGUCCACCAGGACCCUUGUUUUACGUGGACACGUCCUGUGUCUGUGAGCGUUUGUCAUGGGAUAAACUGUGCUCUAGGCUGGGGGCUCUCAGCUAUGAGAUCAGCUCACGCGGAGACGGCAACAACAGUGAUGCAAAUUCUUCAUCGAGUGACAUGUUUGAUGUGAUUUUACAUGAAGACUCCUGCUCGGGUACAGGUUCUGCCACCUCAGGCUCCAUGGGCUCAGCGUCCAAUGGCUGUGGGACGUCUAGUGGGACAUCCAACAGCAGGACGUCAGCGAGUGGAGGCUCCGCCAGCGGCAUCUCAGGGAGUGACAGUAGUAAGUACUUUGGCAGCGUGGACUCGUCUCAGAGCAGUCAGAAGGUCAAAGUUCACGUGAGCAGCACCGAGGGAAGGCCUUUGAAGAUGGAUCAGACUGAUCACAUCAUGAUGACCUUCCAGCUGCCCUCGCGUGACGUGCAGCAGUUGUUGAAAGAGGACAGGGACAAGCUGAAGGUGCUGCAGAAAACCCAGCCACGUUUCACUGAGGAGCAGAAGAAAGAGCUGGUGGAGAUCCACCCCUGGAUGAAGAAUGGAAGUGUGCCCAGGGUCAUAGACAUCAAGGUGUGCUCUUGCUGUGACGAUGAAUCCGAGGUUUCUCACACAGUAGAUGCAGAAGAUCAGCCGGACAUGGAGAUGGGAGACACAGAGACAGUGGACCUGUGCUGCCAAAGGACUGACGAGUCCCCAGACACUUUUGCCUUGUGCCACAGUCCUGCCUCUGGUUCACAGACACCAUGACAAUGAAAUACUACCACUGACUCGUGCUUCUUAUCCUACUCUGCAGAGCUUGAAAAGAGAGAUAUAUUUUGAGAUAUAAUCACACUGCGCCUCAUUUUAACAGUUAUUUUUGUUCUUGACCUGCUUCAACAAUAUUUUAAUAACACUCAAAACUACAAAUAGAAAGUUUGCUGAUGUUGCUGUAAACUGUGGGCUAUUUCAGGUGCACGCAGAAGCUGUUGCUGUUAAAUAAUGAAUGUUGCUGUUGUUUUGCACAUUUGGGAAAGUCCAGAAUUAGCACAUCUGGAAAAGUGCAUUGUACUGACAGGGAAAGAUUAGUUCCAUCCAUUUUCUUUUUAAUCAAGUGAUUUAUUUAAUUUUCUUGUCUAAAACCAUAAAUACUUUGUUUUGAAAAGCUUAGUUACAAUUAUAUUACAAUAUUAUAAUGGACACGGUGUUACAGAAAUAUGUAAAUGAAAAAACAUUCCAGUGUAAUCAUGAUCAUUAUCAGUCUUAUGGUUAACGAAAAAGUCCAAUAAAACCAACUGUGCUAACCUCAACUGCCUAAAACAUCAACCUAACUGUCGGUCUUAGGUUUUUUUUCAAUCGCUUUCACACUGAUGUUUACAUUUCAGCACAAAGUCCCAAACUUGCCACUCAGGAAGGCGGAGCAAAUACUCAAAUUAUAACAAUAACUUUGAUUUAGUGACAUACCGGUCAAAUUAAAACUUCAAAGUCAAAACUGCAUCUUUAAAUAGGACAACGGAUGUAAAGUAGCUAUUGUGCUAAUUCCGGCAUAUUUACAUUGAUGCUGUUUGUUGACAUGUUGAUUAAUAUGCACUGUCCUAAUUAAAAUAAAUAAAAAUAAAUAAAUAAAUAAAAACUUUUUGUCCAGACUGUCCACUAAACACAAAGUCUAUUGACCAAAGACAGAGGGCACAACUUAACACACAGGAACCACAAAGUGAAGAUAUUUGUAGAUUAUAGAAAUACUAGAAACCACUAUGUCUGGACCAGGUUACGCUCCAGAGCCUCCACUGUUUAAAUGUGAAACUGUAUUUUAAAUAAGAUGUAGCACAUAACUCACUCUCAAUUCUCAGUUUACAGAGGCUUUCUCUGGGCAGUCAUGAAACAUUCUGAACUGUUUUGUGACUUAAGUGAAUAAUUUUGUGUUCAAAAGAUGCCAGAUAUCGCUCCAUCUUAUAAAAUGUUUGAAGAAAGUGUGCCAAAGCGAUUGAUAAAACUGUAGCUAGAUGACCUAUAACAGUGUUAUUAAUAAUGUCUAGAGAUGUGUUUAAGUGGAACAUGGUCUUUACAGAUGUCCUGUAAUGUCGGGGGACGCCACUUUCCUAGACAUGGAAAAAAAAGCUACAAGAAAAAGAUUCAGAUUAAACAUAAUUUUAGUCUAGAUUACAGUGAGAUUAGGAACAAUUAUGUCUGAAAUUGUACAAAUUGGUUUUGUGUGUAAACAUGAGAAAUAGUGGACUAAUGAUUAUUCAGUUUAAGCUGAUUUUCUACUCUCGUGUUCAAUUUCGUAGCCUUUGUAAUGUUAAAAUAUUGAUGUCAAUUCUGUGGUGUUGCUUGUGGCUGUGAAUUCUUUUGUUUUGAGCUGUGACUUUUUUGCUGACUUUUUGUCAAAGCCAACAUUGUGUGUUUGUACUUUUACAUGAAAUGUUAGCCUUUAUAAAGAAAUACUUCACUACAUCUGAAGGACUGGACCAGUUUAGAUGAAUAAUUAGGGCUACAUUUUUAAUAUGAAUUCUACCUUUAUAUUUGCACUACCUAUGAGACGAUGUUGGUUGGCUGAAAAUGUUUAGAAAGAGAAGCAUCCUGAUGCUCAUGCUUCAGAGGUUCAUUUUAGGGUUAUUGCACGGCCGUAAAGCCGCGUCCAGAUACUCUUUGGGCUUCACGGAGCAUUUCCUGGUGUGUUUUAUUAGUUCAACAGCAGCUUUUUAUUUAUUUUUAAAAAUGUACUUUUAUUCUAAAUUGCUUGGGCAUUUUUGUUUAAUAAAAUGUUAAUAUAUCAC